CUGGUUAACCUAACCGCAACACUAACCCUAGUUACUCCCUGACUCGGGUUCGACUCACCUAUCCAAUUUUCUACAAAGAGAGAAGAAGGCAUUGAGAGAGAAACUAGAGAGAGAAAGGGGGAAGAUUUUAGGGUUUUCUCGUUUUCUUCGUGCAUAGCACUUCCAACUUGUUGAAUAUACCUGAAAAAUAAGGGUUUUAAGCCUUUUUCUCUGAAAAUUAGGGUUAGGGUUAGAGUCAGGGUUUGGUAUAUCAAUCUCUUCUGUGGUGGUAGGGCAAGCUCUUAUAGCUUUUUCAUUGUUCUAUGUUUCUGUCUAUAUGUAUUCAUCUCUGCGUUUAAGUCGAUAAAUCAUAGAUAUAUGUGUGAUUUUUGUGGUUUAUGCUGAAGAAAAAUCUGUAAUUAAUGGAUGAGAUCUGGGAGAGAGCGGUGGAGACAGCACUAGACGGCCAGACCGACGUUGCUUCGGUGCGAACCCUAACCCUUGACGGAGCGGUGAAGUGCGUUCACGGGCGCUUACCUCCACCGUCGCUAUUCGAGAAAUUUCACAACCUUCAACAUCUGUCUAUUGCAAACAUUGGUGUUUCUUCCCUCGAGCAGUUUCCUCGGCUUCAAAACCUCCAAAGACUGAUUUUAUCGGACAAUCGAAUAGCCGGUGGCCUCGAAUCCCUUGUUGAAGCCGAUCUAGACUCGUUGCGGGACCUCGAUUUGUCGAAUAAUAGGAUUCAGGAUAUAAAUGAUCUCAGGCCGCUUGCGGAGCUCAAGCUCGUGUCGCUUGAUCUUUAUGAGUGUCCUGUUACGAGGGUUAAGGAUUAUCGAUCUAGGGUUUUUGGUUUAAUUAAGUCGUUGAAGUAUUUGGAUAAGAUGGAUGCUGAGGAAAAUGAAAGGCCUGAGUCGGAUGAUGAGGAAGAUGAUGAGGAGGAGGACGAUGAAGAUGAUCCGGGGAGUGGUGAAAUUGACGGUGAGGAUCGCCCGUAUAGACUGAAUAACGGACAUACAGUGGAAAGUGAAGGGAUUGUUGAUGUUGAUGAGGACGAAGAGAGCGAUGCUGAUGUGGAAGAAAUGGAAAAUGCAGGAGGAAUAAAUGGAUCAAGUGGGAGGUUAUUGCAUCAUCAUUCCAAUGGGUUUCAUGUGGCAGCGGCGGAUAGAGAGGAGGAUGAGGAGGAGGAGGGGGAGGAGGAGGAGGAGAAUGAGUCGGUUGAGGAGAUUGAUGAAGAGGAGGGGGAUGAUGAGGAUGUGGUGGAGGUUCAUGAGAUUGAGGAUAGCGAUGAUGAGGAAGAUGGGGUGGAAGAUGAGGAUGAUGACGAGGACGAUGAAGAGGAGGAAGUGGAUAAUGAAGAGGGUGAUGUUGGGGAACCAGAGAGUACAGGGAGGUUGACGAGCACAGAAGGGGAGAUUGAUGCUCAUGAGCAGGGGGAGGAAGAUGGAGAUGAGGAUGAUGGGGAGACGGGAGAGGAGGAGCAAGGUGUGGAAGAGUAUGAAGAUUUUGAAGAUGGAGAGGAAGCUGAGGAUGAGGAAGACGAUUAUGGCAGAGGGUACGUUGUUCAACCUGUUGGGCAGGUUGAAGUAGAUGCUGGAGGGGGUAGUGACAUGGAACCUGGACAUGAGGAUGAAGAUCCUGAAAUGGAGGAAGAAAUUGAUGAUGAAGAAGAAGACCAAGAUGGUGAAGUUCAGGAACUGCCGCCAUCUACUUCACAGAAGAGGAAGAGAGAUGAUGAAGAUGGUGAUGAUGAGGAAGAGGAAGAUGAUGACACAGUCGAGUGCCCAAAGUCAUCAAAGCACCAUUAGUAAGUUUGUUUUUCCUGUGGCUCUGCUGGGUUUAACGUCCAUGGAGGCGAGCAAAGAACUACCGAGUUAAAUUGGUUUGCAGACUGGUAUUUAGCUUUUUAUAGCCUUUAUCUUUCUUUGAACAAAGUAAAAUUUGGAGGGAGAUUGUCUUUGGAUGGUAUAUUUUGUUUAAAAAAUCGUUACUGCACUCUUCCCGCUUUGCCUUUCUUUACUUCACAAUCACAGAACCGUUAGGGUGCAAUUCAAAUGACGGUUGUGUGUGGGCGGGUUCACCCAGCUCUAGGACUCGGUUUCAAAAGAGAGAAGAGAGGGAGAGACUUGAGAAUUGGAGGGAAAGGAAAGCAAGGGAGAGAGGGGAACUCAAAUUCUCAAUAUAUUUUGGUUUAUAUUUUUGUUAUGCCCGUAAUGCUAUUUUUAAAUUCUUCUUCUGUAAAACGCUUGUAUGAACUGUCUUGUAAUCAAGUAACUUGCUUUCAAUUCGACGACGUUUUUGAGCUGUCCAGUCGUCUUGCACCACGUGUUAUCCGUUAGCUCUCCUUUAUCAUGUGCAGUGCAUGUGACUGACUAUACCAGAUGGCUUUAGUUGUCAGGUACGGAUUUGGCUGGUUAAUGUCCUAAUGCAUGUGCUCCCAUCUGGGAUUAUAUUAGGUACAUUAGGGGGUAUUUGUGUCCGAGUCUGUCGGCUAAGACCAUUGGUGGGUUUUGUGAUCUUAAUCGGACGGUUGGGGGUGACGAUAGCAUUCUUAAAAUUAUUCUUAGUAUUAUAUAUGUUGGCAUCGUUGUCUGUUGUCCGGGUUUGUAAAAUGUAGCGCUACAAGCUUGUAUUAGCGGCUCGGCUUUUCGCUUUUCGUUUUUGAAGCGGCUAAUGUAGUGACUGGCUUAUUAUUGACUUGGUGGAAUACUUGCUCACAGUGA